CACUUCCCCUCCUACUUCACCACUUCAGAGGCUUUGUUUUGAGACGGGGGAUGGGAGGAGGGAGAGAGAGAGAAAGCAAAAGCCAGAGAGAGAAGGGGGUGGGAGAAUGAGGGAGAGUGAGUGAGAGCUGAAACAAGAGAGAAAGAGAGAGGAAAGGAGGGGAGAGCGCGAGCGAGAACAAAAAUCAAGAGAGUCAGAAAGAAAGAGAGAGGAGAGAGAGAGUGACAGAGUACUUGCUCCUGGCAGAAUCACAGCCUGGACCAUGCCUGGCACCCGCAGCCGCCUUGGGGACCACCUGGUCCCAGAGGCACCCUGGACCGGAGCCUGCUCUCAGGCUGCCUUUUGAGGGCACAGAAGGGGAGAACUGUGAGCAAGCCCUGCGAAGUUGCUUUGCAUUGCACUGACGGGAGAAGGGCUGAAGGGGCCACCCAGACUUUCCUCAGUCCUCUCAGGCUCUCUCUCUCAGCCAUAACCUGGAACUAUGGAGUCUCCAACCAAAGAGAUUGAAGAAUUCGAGAGCAACUCUCUGAAAUACCUGCAACCAGAACAGAUCGAGAAAAUCUGGCUUCGGCUGCGAGGACUGAGGAAAUAUAAGAAAACGUCUCAGAGAUUGCGGUCUUUAGUCAAACAGUUAGAAAGAGGCGAAGCUUCUGUGGUAGAUCUGAAGAAGAAUUUGGAGUAUGCGGCAACAGUGCUUGAAUCAGUAUACAUUGAUGAAACCAGGCGACUAUUGGAUACGGAGGAUGAGCUCGGUGAUAUUCAGUCAGAGGCUGUGCCAUCUGAGGUCCGAGAUUGGCUGGCCUCCACCUUCACCCGGCAGAUGGGAAUGAUGCUCAGAAAAAGUGAAGAGAAGCCACGGUUCAAAACCAUUGUCCAUGCUGUCCAGGCUGGAAUAUUUGUGGAGAGGAUGUAUAGACGAACAUCAAAUAUGGUUGGACUGAGCUAUCCUCCAGCUGUUAUUGAGGCAUUAAAGGAUGUGGAUAAAUGGUCUUUUGAUGUCUUUUCCCUCAAUGAAGCCAGUGGUGACCAUGCACUGAAAUUCAUUUUCUAUGAAUUACUUACACGCUACGAUCUCAUCAGCCGUUUCAAGAUCCCAAUUUCCGCUUUGGUCUCAUUUGUGGAAGCCCUGGAAGUGGGGUACAGCAAGUAUAAAAAUCCUUACCACAACUUAAUGCAUGCUGCCGAUGUUACACAGACCGUGCAUUACCUCCUCUAUAAGACAGGUGUGGCGAAUUGGCUGACGGAACUCGAGAUCUUUGCUAUCAUCUUCUCAGCUGCCAUUCAUGACUAUGAGCAUACCGGAACCACCAACAACUUUCAUAUCCAGACCCGGUCGGACCCAGCUAUUCUAUACAAUGAUAGAUCUGUACUGGAAAAUCACCACUUGAGUGCAGCUUACCGCCUUCUGCAAGAGGAUGAGGAAAUGAAUAUCUUGAUUAAUCUCUCAAAGGAUGACUGGAGAGAAUUCCGGACCUUAGUCAUAGAGAUGGUGAUGGCCACAGAUAUGUCUUGUCAUUUCCAACAAAUCAAAGCAAUGAAGACAGCCCUGCAGCAGCCAGAAGCAAUUGAGAAGCCCAAAGCAUUAUCCCUGAUGUUACACACAGCAGACAUCAGCCAUCCUGCAAAAGCCUGGGAUCUCCAUCACCGCUGGACAAUGUCACUCUUGGAGGAAUUUUUCAGACAGGGUGACAGAGAAGCAGAACUGGGGUUGCCCUUUUCCCCUCUGUGUGACCGGAAGUCGACCAUGGUUGCUCAGUCUCAAGUAGGUUUCAUUGACUUUAUUGUGGAACCCACUUUCACUGUGCUCACAGACAUGACAGAAAAGAUUGUAAGUCCUAUAAUUGACGAUACUGCCCAACCUGAUGGCACUGGACAGAGGAGAUCAAGUUUGAACAAUAUCACUGCAGCGGACCCCAAACGAUCAGGCGUCAAGAGCGCUGGCUCAGAAGGAAGUGCCCCAGUCAACAAUUCUGUCAUCCCCGUGGACUACAAGAGUUUUAAAACCACUUGGACUGAGGUGGUACACAUCAAUCGGGAGAGAUGGAGGGCCAAGGUACCCAAAGAGGAGAAAGCCAAGAAGGAAGCAGAGGAAAAAGCUCGCCUGGCUGAGGAAGCGAAGCAGAAAGAAAUGGAAGCCAAAGGUCAGGCUGAAGAAGGUGCAACUGGCAAAUCAGAAAAAAAGAUACCUGGGGAAGGGAAGAAUCCAGUCACUGGAACCCGCACAAACAAGAGUGACAAUCCUCGAGGAAAAAAUUCAAAAGCUGAGAAGUCGUCUGGAGAAAAGCAGCAGAAUGGUGACUUAAAAGAUGGUAAAAAUAAGACAGACAAGAAAGAUCAACCCAACGCCGGAAAUGAGUCAAAGAAAACAGAUGGCAGUAAGAAGCGUUCACAUGGUUCACCAGCCCCGAGUACUAGCUCCACAAGUCGCCUUACCUUGCCAGGGGACUACGGAUAAACAUUCUUCCAAAGGAUCCUUCAGAAGAGAAGGGACCAGCUCUGAGUGAUAAAGCCACCCCUGCGCCACUUCAAACGUCCUGCUUAUGCCUCAAGCUCCUAUGCACCUUCGGUUCCUAAGAAAACUGAUGAGCAUCCUGCAAGGUACAAGAUGUUGGAUCAGAGGAUCAAAAUGAAAAAGAUUCAGAAUAUCUCACAUAACUGGAACAGGAAGUAAGUUAAACAGAAGUGAGAAAAUAAAGAAGAGGUACUCCCCACCCCAAUCCUGCCCCAUCUCCUCUCAACACUCAUUGGACACUGCCAGAUGUGCCUGCACCAUUCUGGAGGACCUUGGGGACUGGUGACAUCAUGAUGGACUCUUCCAACGCAAAGUCAAGGCUGGCUGUAAUUUUCUCCUUUGUUAAUUAUAUUCUGCCCAGUUGCUAGGUUUGAAAGUCAAGACAGACUCAGAACAAAUCAGUUAGAGGGUUGUCUUUCCUGGCUUUUAUUGAAGACUAAAUUGGACUAAAAUUUAAAUAAUGCAACCUUUUUAGAAAAAAAGGGAAGAAUUUUCUCCCAUUGCAACUGGCUCUUCAUUCCUGAAACUGUCCUUAUACAGAUAAGAUUCUCCUAGGUGUCCUGUUUAAGUACUUAAAUGCAUUUCUGAAAACAUCUUUUUCAGUUUUAAAUAUGAUUAAAAUUUAAAUAAACAGAGUGAAUUGCAAAUCAACCAUUGAAGAAUUUGUGUUCAAAGCAAUG